UUAUUUAUAUCGUACCGGUUUCAGUUUUUUUGUUUAACAAUUUUCCAUUCUUAUAUUUUUUAUAGUGAUUAUAAUUUUCAGAAUAUUUAAAUAUAAUUAGCCUUUUUGACGUUGUAUUUAAUGAUUCGCAAAUCUUUCCAGCUGCUUUCGACUUAUUCCGAUAAUCGAGGCUAUUAUAGUCCUCCUGUUUAUAUGCCUUUGGAGUACGCCAUGCGGGUUACAAAUCAAAAGCAACUACAGUUUACCCAUCCUAGAGACCCCAAGUAUACUUAUAAUAUGCACAUUGAUGAACUUUCCUCACUUCAUCCUGGUUUACUUGGACCCGGUAGAAAGACACCUCAGGUGAAUUAUGCUAAUCGUGGUGGAAUUUUAUGCGAAGUUCCGCCUGUGCCGGUAUAUCGCCAACAUAUUUGGUGUAUGGGUCACGCUCACUUUACCUUGCAGCAUCCGCGCAUUUUUAUUAAAUGCCUUAGAGGGAAGGUAACAACCUGUAAGUGGUGUCAUCUAAAAUUCAUUAACAUGUCUACUGAUGAUGAUAAUGAUGAGGAUUGGUUUGAAGAAGAGCAUAAGAUCGCUACAACACCUGAACUAGAGAAGGAUUUACGUCAACCAAUCAGAGAUCUUGGAGGAGUUUUGCGGCAGAACCCUUUUCAAGACAACAAAGAGCCUGAUCCCUCUGUUUAUCAUACUGUGUUUAAUCCAGAACCAUACCGAUGGAGACAAUUUGAUAGCAGACAUUACGAAGUUCAUCCUGCAUAUGCCAAGAAGAAUCAAGAUAGGAAAGCUCACUAGCGACACCACAUAUUCUGUAGGUAAAUUCCUUUUAUAAGUAGCGUAUAGUUUAUUAUGUAGGGAAUAAAAUCGUGUAGUAGUAAUGACAGACGGUAAUACUUCUUUUUUUUUCCCCCAUUGCUUUCCUUUUAUUUGAAUCUUCUGUCUUUGCUCGUAUUAAUUCAA